GAUCGAACUAUGACCUCUCCCUUGGGGUCUGAUCUAUGGCUUCUGGCAAUAUGAGAUAUUGGAUGCCAGCUCCUCUGCUUUGGCACAGGAGACCAUGUCUACAUGGACCAUCAGUGUCCCUCACCAUACACCUGGUGCUCUUCUUCAGUGCCAGCACUCACACUGUGGAACCAUCACACUCAGUGAGGUGCCGCUCACCCCUGAUGAGUAUGGAUGACUUUAGACCAAAGUUACAGGUGUUUCAUGGUGAUGAACCCACAGAAGAUGGUGGACUUUGGCUACGCUGUGUGUACGGAUCUGUGCCUUCACAUCAGAACAAGAAGAGUCACCGAGAUAACAGCGCUGAGCUAAUUCAGGACUCUUCCCCUGGAUCCUGGAAAACUGAAAAGAGAAAUGUAUUUCACGAGAAUGAUUCAGGGCUGAAACCAACAAUGGAAGCAGAAGCCUUCCUCACCUCGGCGGCUGCAGGCAGCUCGUGGAGUCAUUCCAUAAUUGCUGGGCUGUCCUCAUGGGUGAAGAGGGCUCUCUUUAAACGGGCGGCUUCAUCAAACAAAUCCCAGCGCCAAGAUGCUACAGAGCCAGUGAAUGGCGUCAUAUUCCAAAAGUGUGCGUCUGUAGAAAACCAAGGAGACCUUCAGAUCGCAUCCAUCACCCUGCUCACCCACAGCACAGAUGUGUCAUCUCCCCCAGCAAACAUAUCUAAUCUCGUUCUCCAGGAUAACACUACCGGCCUCGUUGUUAGAGAUGUCACUUCUAACAGCGGCAACUCCUCUGAUGGAACGCAGACGUACCACAAAGAAUUUCUAAAAGCUGGAGACUUUUUCCUUGUAAACUACACCGCGUCGCUGAACAUGAAGAAUGUCAAAGACGGCCUGAAACUUUCAUUACCCGCUCACCUAACGUUCCUGAACUCAUCGCAGGUGCCGGCGUCUGUUAGCUAUGUGGCUAACUUUAUAAUAACCGCAAAACAAAAUGUAAAGGUGUUACCGGAUCAUGGCAUGCAUGGAGUUGGGUUUGUGGUUGCGUUUGUAGCGUCGUUCCUUGUGACGUCCUGCGUUCUUCUUAUACUUUACUAUACAAAACGACUGAAAUGGAAGUUUUUGGGGAAUUUCCAGAAAAUUAAUGGCGAGCAAAGAUUGGACGAAUCACAGAUUAACGCGCGUGAUAAUGUCAACGAAGAUUUCAUAGCGAUGGACAUGAUGAUCGACUUCCUGGCUUUUGAAGAGCCUGAGAACAUGCUCCAAGCUCUGGAUGAUGCAGAAAUAGCGAACCUGACGCAUGUAGAUUCCUAUUUGGAAGCCUGCCGCAUGCGUAUUUACAAAGAUUCGACAGAGAUACUCCUCAGGAACAUGGCGUCUACCUCAACUCUUUCGUCUCAGGGGGAGAAACGGUUAAAUAAUGUUCUGAGUGAGCAUUGGAUGAACCUGGAGAACAGAAUUCAGGAAGAGCGUCAGAGGAAGAUGGUGGCUUUGACCGCCGAAUGUAAUCUGGACACCCGAAAACAAAUGGACAUGCAGUAUCGCAAACAGAAGGCAGCAAGUGACGAGGCUGAAGACCUAAUGAAGCACGUUGGAGAAAAGGUGCUCACAGAUUACAGGCUCGCUCUAGACAAGCUGCACGGAUUAGAACAAGCGGAGAUGAAGAGACUUCUCCUGUGUAAACAAGAAGAAGAGUUUGCAAAGGCCUACAGACAGCUGAGCGUCUCCCACAGAAGCGAGCUGCAUGGGGUCUUCUUCGGUCAGAUGCAGGACUCUCUUUCCAAAGGGAAGAUUAAAUCCGAUGUUCAAAGAGCGCUGAUCGAAAACUAUUUAAAAAUCCAGGAGGAAGAGGAAGAUCUUUUUGAUUUCAUGCAAGCCUAUAAAAAGUAUCUCACGAGCAAAAGGCUUGCCGUUCGAAAGAAUUUGCUCUACAACGUCCAGCUAUGUGACAGCAGAUCCCGCUGCCUGUUAAACACGGCAGCAACGCAAAUAGCCAGUCUUCUCAACAAGACGGAAAGGGCUGGACAUAUAUCUGAGAGCCAAGCAGAGCUUCUGUUACAAAAAGCACAAACUGAAGUCCUGAAGGUGAAGCAAAAAUUGGAAAAUGCAUUGAAAAACGAAAAACGAAAAUUACACCAAAAACUUAGCGCCAAGAGGAAACGUCAUGUCAUACAAAAGCUAAAAGAACAAAAGAAGGAGCAGAUGACAAUACAGGAGGUGUCCAGAACCACCAGUGAAGUGAAGCAUUAUCUGGAGCACUGGAAAAAGCUUUUUAGUGAUCAGUCCCUAGAGCUGGAAGAGAUUUUUGAACAGCAUGACAAUGAGGCUAUAGAAGAACUGAAAUCUCUGGAAACCAACCUGGCUGAGAAAGCGAUUGAAGAUCUUCACCACAUUCAGAAUGCUGUAAUUAUGCAAGAAAUGUCAAAGCUCAAUGUGCCCAGACUGCAUCUCCAACAAGUGCUUGAGGAACACAAGAGAGAGAGCGCUCUCCUGGCUCAGCAGCUGGACAAAGAAGAGUGCGACAAGGCAAAUGAUGCAAGAACAUCUCUGGAGAGCACCAAGAGAAAGCUAGAAGACGAGUUCAAGCUCACAAUGAAAGAACAAAGGAAUCUGAGGCACUGGGAACAUUUGCUCUUCAAGAGGAUCCUUCUGUUACCUCUUUGCCUCUCUAAAGAAGAUAUACACAGAAUAAGACAAGAAUUCCAAUGUGGCUUCUCACAAAUGGACAUCACUUUGGCUCUACCAAAGAUACAGGGUAGACGCUUGCUCCAGACAUACUUGGCCGAAUGGAGGCGCGAGCAGCUACAAAAACUGGACCAACGCUUGGUGGAAAUGGAGAAGGAGUCAUAUUCCAGGAAGAAAGAUGCUCAGGAAAAAACCAUAGAGGCGCUGAAGAAAUCUGUAGAGGAUAAAAUUCUGAUUUAUGAAGCCCAAAUUUCAGACGACAAGAUUAAACAGGCCCGAGCGGAGCUGCUUCUCCAAAGGGUUCAUCGGUUAAAAGCCAGGGAGUAUAAACUGGGGGAAUAUAUAACUUCGAUGCAGUCCCAAAGGACGAACAGCAAGUGGAAGGCCCUGGAAAUCCACACGGCUCUCCUGCAUCUACAGUCCUUGCUCUUGGAAGAGACGUGCCGGUCCCAGAUUGGGGAUAAAUCGGAGUACGAACUCCUUCUGGAGGCUCAGAGUCGCGAAAUCAGGAAAAUCGAUCAGAAUCUGGAGACUUGGAUACAAAAGGACGUAGUUGCUGACAAACAGCCGGAAGCGGAUAAUAUCAGUAUCUCGGCAGACGCCGUUCCCGAUGAGUCCGAUGACCUGCCGCUGUCCGCUGCGCUGCGGGUGGCUCUUAAUAGGCGGAAACAUGUCACCAACCUUUACAGAGACAGAAUGCAAAGAGAAGAGAUGGAAUACGCUGUACUAGAGGAUCAAGAAGAAAAGAUUCAAAUGGAUGCGAUUCUCCAGCUAUACAACCAGAAUAUCAGAUUGACGGCUUAUUUGACUAAACGAGCCAAGCUGCCGGAAGGGAUGCUGCACCGAGUCUUGAACCUGUUGUUGCCUUCCAGCAUGGAGAAUGAAAUCCUCUCUGUUCUUUAUUCAGUGGGUCAUAAAUAUUCAGGCAAUGUUACUGAAACUGACAACAGCGAGGAUGGGGCUGACAGCCGGGGAAGGAGCAAACACCACGAACUGUGGACGGUAAUAGAGAAGAGAUUGAAGGAAGAGUUGGUAACCUCGGAACAAGAGACAAAUGUUUUCACCGGGAGAAAGAAAGGAAGCAUUCUGAAAAAGAAGCGUUUGAGGCCGGUGAAGCGCGUCUCGUUCUCCCACGCAGAGAACUUCUCCAAGCUUCUGCAGUCUUAUGGCCAUUCAGAAGGGUUUGGGAGCGCGGAGAGAAUAGAUUUACCCGACACCGGGGAGAAACUGUUUAUCUUCACAGCUCCAAGCGGCUCUCCCACGUCUUCAACAAAACCUAAGAAGAAGCGCAAUUUCCUCAAUUCCAAAAAAGCUAAUACUAGUCAUGUUUAAUGAGAUGAUGUUUAUAUGCAGUCUUUAGUCACACGCUUAGAGGAAGAUGUAAUGUUACAUUACUUUGAUAAAAGGUGCCCUGAAAGUUAAUAUAACUUCACACCUUUUACAACGUUGGCCCAAUCAAGGGUGUUAACGUCGACUAAAGACUCCAUUUUCUCUUGGGCUGAUAAAACUAUAAGAUUUUUUUAAUUUUAUUUUUGCAGUGUGUUUAAGGAUGAGUUUUUUACAUAAUGUUUCAUUUUAAAUAUCGAUUCAAUAUUUUUAUAAACUGGUAUGUUUGCACUUUUUUGUAUAUAAAAUAUCUAAAAAAAAAUAAUUGUAAGUAUACCCAAACCGUCCAUGAUUAAACUGAAAAGGUACCUUUUU